UUCACCUACAGUGAUCAGAGGAUAACACAAGAAGUGGACAGAUUUUGUCUUUCUUUUAGAUCAUUACUUCUUGUUUUGAUUAUUUCACCAUUCACCAUUGCGUAUUAUACAUACCUCUGCUAUCAAAGUUUGGGAUACCUUGGUCCAGUUUGCAUCUAUGUCUACUUUAUUGUUGGGGCAAUAAUCGACAGGCUGAUAUUGACUCCGAUUGUCGGUGUGGUGGUCAAGCAGGAGAAACUUGAGGGAGACUUCAGGUUUAAACACAUGCAAAUCAGAUCAAAUGCAGAGUCAAUAGCAUUUUACAGAUCUGGUGACUUAGAGAUGAAGAAAACAAAUUCAAAGUUACAGUCAGUUCUACAAACACAGCUGCGACUUGUAAACUUACAAACCAUUAUGUUCUUUUUCAUUACUUUUAUUGACUACGUGGGUUCAAUCCUGAGCUACUUCAUAAUAGCCAUUGCUUUGUUUGCGGGAAAGUAUGAUGAUUUAACUGUGACUGAGCUCGGUGGUCAGAUCAGCAGGAGCUCAUUUUUCGCCUUGUACUUGAUAACAUGUGGCACUAAGCUUAUUAACUUAUCCAAUGAUUUCUCCAACAUGGCUGGAUAUGUUCACAGGAUAGGUCAGCUUUUGGAAAGUUUAGCUGCCAUGGAAAGUGAUUCACAAGAGAAGACGACAGAAAACGAAGAUUCUUUAGGCACUGCGAAUAUGGCUCCAAACAGAAGGGAUGCAAUUUUCAAGCUCAUUAAUGUUUCGUUUGCUCCACCAAAUUGCACGGAUCCCCUCGUCAAAGAUCUAGAUUUGGAGAUAAGCCAUGGAAAAAGUAUUCUUAUAACCGGAAAUGCAGGAAGUGGAAAGAGUUCGCUAUUUAGAAUCCUUUGUGGAAUAUGGAGUCCUCUUUCAGGGGAGGUCUUGGGAUUCCUUCCGUUCAAUCCUAAAGCUGUCUUCUUUUUACCCCAAAAGACGUUUCUAACGGACGGUACAUUACGACAACAGUUAACUUACCCUUACGAAGAUCCCUCUUAUGGAGAUAACUCAGGUUCGUGUGCCGAAAGCAGUGAAAAUGUGAAACUUCUUGAUCUUCUGGAAAAUGUUGGAUUGACAUCUCUGUGUACCCGAGUUGGUGGUCUUGAUAACCCUGUGGUUUCCAAUUGGGAGGACAUGUUGUCCCCUGGAGAGAUGCAGAGGCUGUCCUUCGCUCGUUUGUUCUUUCACCGACCUCUAGUAGCACUUCUUGAUGAAGCUACAAGCGAUUUAGAUGUGGCCUCGGAGACCAGACUGUACUCAUCUUGUAAACAGCUUGGUAUUACAGUCGUUAGUGUCGGCCAUAGAAAGUCACUGAGAGAGCUCCACGACUUUAAUUUGGAACUGGACGGUGCAGGAGGGUGGGAAUUCAAGAAAAUCAGAGAUGAAUAGAAUAUGUUUAGGAAACGCAAAUUUCCGGAAUAUCUUUGUGGUAUAUAUCACAUGUUUAUGAACAGGGCAGCCCUUGAUGUUUUUCCUAAGAUAUUGUGGUUUUGUUUUUGUUUUGUUUCGUUAUUUUUAUGGUAGUAACGUUUGUUAAAUUAUAUAAUGGUUCAGUUUAGAUGUGUAAUUAUCACGAACAUUGUGCAGUUUUCAACUGAAUAAUGAAAUUAGCAUUCAUAUUAUGCAAUAGUUCAAUUAAUAUAAAUAUGUAGUCAUCCUUUACAUUAUGCAAUGGUGCUAUCUAUAUAAAUAUGGAGUUAUCAUUUAUACUUUGAAAUAAUUCAAUUCAACUAUGCAAGCAUCAUAUUAUGUAAUGGUGCAUUCUAUAUAACUAUGCCGUCAUCAUUUAUAUUAUGAAAUAGUUCAAGUUCAAGUAAAAUAAAUAUAUAAAUUUGAAUUCGUCAUUAUAUUAUUUAAUUGUUCAAUUUUACUAUGCAGUGAUCAUUCAUGCUAUGUAAUGGUGCGAUUUAAAAAUGAUUUCAUAUUCAGUUUCACAAUGUUUGUAAGUCUCAGUCGAUGGCAUGCAAAUCGAUGUUAUUCAUUACCAACCGCUCACCUUAAGUUAUGGCAUUUUGAAUUAUUUUGUCCAACGAUUGCUUUGAUGUACAACGUUGUUUCAUCUUGUUAAAUCGAAAAGACCAAAGAAAAAAGCUUUGCAUUCGUACUGAAGGUCAACAUAAACCUUUGAAUUUUGUUCAGGUUGAGUAGUGGCCAAAUGUUAGACUUUGUGACACAAAACAAAAACGUAAACAAACCCUCGAGAGUGCGCAGAACGGACUGGGAAUCAUCUUUUAAAUAACGUGAAAUAUUUGAACUACGUCGUGGUUAAAUUUAAAUAUGUAAUGAUUCUAUUUAUAGAUGGUAAUAGUGUGUUUUGGAUGAUCUAAAGGAAUGGUAAAAUUCAAAUUAUUUAACAGCUCAAUUCAUUUUGUUAUGUUAUAUUUAAGUUAUGUCGUGGUAAAAAGAAGUUUCUAAAAGAACCAACAGUAUUUACAUUGUUGCCAAGUAGCUUACAUUACUAACGUAAUACUAGGAAUUUUUUUUUGUAACGUAAUGUGGUUUCUUUUAUUUAAUUUUUAUGUGACCGAAGAGUUGUAUUGAUGUUUGCUAUGAAAAGAAAAACCAACAAGAAUUAGAAAAGCUUUUUUCCUAUCUCAUGAAUUUUGAUAAAUGUUACUUUUGUGACAUUGUCCAAUUAAAAGAUUAGUAACAAUUCAGUGUCUCACUUCCUUGUUUUGAGAUGCUGUAGAAAUCAUAUUA